UGUUCAUCUCUUUAGGUAUCAGCUCAAUGACGGUGAUAACAAACCCAGAGCUUAAUGUGACACUAGGUUCAAAUGCACCAAUUGUUUUGAAUUGUACAUACCCAACAGAUAUUUCGGUGAGAACAAUAAAAUGGAAAAAGUUAUUUCAUGACGGAUACAAGGACUUGGUAGUAUUUGAUCCUGGAAAUCGUGAUGCGUUUUUCGCCCGUGAUGGGGUUUACUUAAGUAAUAGAUCUUAUCUUAUUUAUCCUUAUAAUGGUUCAACAAGUGCUGUUCUGAUAAUCAAUGACGUCAUGUGUGAGGAUGAGGGACUGUACCAAUGUCUUGUGGACUACAAAGAUGGAGGUAUCAUCAAACAAACUAGAAAUGAAACAACCGUCUUUUUACAAGUUGGAGCAGAGAAGCCUACCUCUUUUAAGUUAUACAAAAAUGGCAAUCUGAAAGAAAAUGACAAAAUGUUUUUGUCUUGCUCUGCGAACGUCGGAAACCCUGGUGGAUUUGUUGCUAUAUGGAAGCUAAAUAAGUUAUCUAAUCAGCUGGUAAUUUUGAACAAGUCAAGUGAAGUACAUGAAAAGACUGAAAAUUGUACGGCGAUUGCAAACUUCAACAUAACUUACAGAGUAUCCCGGGAUGACCAUGGUGGGAUUUUCAGAUGUACUUCACAAAAUAGACAAACACAGGAACCUGUUCCCCAUAAAGACACAACAGCAAUUGAUGUUCAAUAUGGACCAUCGAAUAUUACAAUACAUAGUUCCUCCCCUGAUCUGGAUCUAUAUGUCGGAGAAAAUCUCAAUCUCACAUGCAGUUCUGAUGGAAAUCCAGCUCCUCAUUUCAAAUGGAAAUUCAAUUCCAGCGACAUUCUUAACAAUAAAAGAUUUAUCCUCACUAGGGACAAUAAAACGUUGCAUUUCCUGAACCUGAAUUUAGAUAACAAUGGCAUUUACUUUUGUGUUGUCUCAAAUUUAAUUGAUGGUGAAAUAAAGAAGGUGUCGUCACAUCUUACACUAAAGGUCCGACAAAGAGAAGGUGUACGAACACACCUAUUAUCUUGUGCAGAAAAUCCAUGUGGAAUAACCGAAAGUUGCACAGAAAGUAGUGGUAGAUCAGUCUGUACUGUAAACAUUUGGAGUCUUAUCUCUUUCCUGUUUGUAUGUCUUACUAUGGUUUUUGCGGUUUCAACUGCUAUUUUGACCAUAAAACAGAAGAGAGAUUUAGGAAGCGGCAACAUUUUGAAAUUCAGAUGCCAUCAUUUGAAGGAAAGUCAUACUGGACUUGCACAAUAUGAAGUUUUGAAUGCAGCAGAAAGAACGACCACAACAGGAACAAGUGGUACCGAGAAUACAAGAUAUGAAGCUUUAAAUUCCAGGGAACAAACUAGCAUAUUAAGAGAAAGAAAUACGAUGAAUACAGAGUAUGACACCUUGAAAAGAGAAACGAGCGUUUAAAGACAAAAUGAUGCUGAGAAUGAAAGAUAUGAAGUUUUAAACAAAACUGAAAAUGUGAGCACAUUAGGGAAUGAAGACAAUGUGAAUGCAAGAUACGAAGUUUUAAACUU